AUGCGACCCGCCACGAAUCAAGGAGGCGUGCGAGAAGACAUUGAGUGCUCGCCAACCCACGAGUCAGCUAUGGAAGACAAUGACGACCAGGAUUCCUCAAACCACUUGAGCGAAGUGACCACAAACGUCCCCAGUCAGAGUAGUAACUCCAAUGAUGUAGACCGAGUCCGGGAUCCAGCUCAGCCACCCAGUUCUGGCCUCAGGCAUGAUCCACCUUCUGUUGGCGCAAAUGUCAACAUGCCGGACACUUAUGCCAGAAUAAAGGCAUAUAAGCCUCCAGCCUAUGUAUCGCCGUAUGUAAAGUCUACAGAUGCCCCUGCACCAGCAGCAGACAAAACCAGCGCCCUGUCAACACAAGUGUCUAGGCCGCGAAUACUGUCAGCUCAUCAGAAUGAUCUGCCGUGGCUAUGCUGCUUUGCGCAGAGGAGAAUCCCAGAAUGGAGGAGACAUCUUGAGGUAUGGAAUCCAGGCACAGCAACUGUCUGUACUGUUUCAGUCCCACAUCCAUGCCAACACGUGCAAUGCGGAGACUGCGUGUUGCAGUCCUUGGAAGAAACAAUAGAGAAUACCACCACCACAGUUGCCUUCAAUGCCGAAGCGACUCAGACCAAUGUGGAAGAUGAUGUUAAAGGAGCAGAACCGAUAGAGGAGACCGCGGAGGUGGUAUCUCAAGAGGAAACUGCACAUUCAGAAAACACUCCAGGAAUGACACCGUCAAGCAUGUUGAUGCCAAAAGCAGCGAAUUGGGAUCCAAAGACAAGACGGCUCAGACUCUGGCCGAAGGACUAG